GGACGCUGUCAUGUCCUUCUCCCAGUUUCUCAAUGGCCAACGACAGGAAGAUGGACCGAACACACAGCAGAUUGGGCUGGACUCCAUUACUCUGGGCCAGCUCAAGGCCAUGGUCGGAUCAGCGCCCAAGCCAAAGCAAUCUUUUUACGACUUUCAUUACGACGAUGAAGAUACUGUCAUUAACGAAAUAGAAGAAUUCUAUGCGUACGUAGAGAUGCCUCAGGUCGCCGAGAACAUGAAAGCAUGGGAGGGUUCAUUUGAAGGAGAAUGGACCAAAGCCCCCUUUUCAAAGCGCAAGGCGCAUGUUGAGAUCCUCCUCGAAAGCCUGGAACACCGUGAUGCUGUCAUUCGUUUCACUAAUGCUCGUAGGUUACUCUACGUCCUACAAGGCACCUUCGCGGAAACCACGUCUCCCGAGCAUCAGUUGCAUUGGAUAGUGGAGAACGGCAAAGUGGUCCGAGCCGCAAACGGAUUGGGCAACAUCAUCGAGGCUAUGAAGAUCGCCGGCCAUCGCCAUGAUUUGCUCUGCUCUCUGUCCGAUGCGGACACCGCCCAUUUCAACAUCUCCGCCGAGGACAAGGCCGACUUGCUGGAGGAAGUCAAUACAGAAAUAUCAGUGUAUCUAGGCAUGCUUUACCACCUCGUAGAAGUAUUCAAGGGACAGGAUGACUUUGCCGAUGAACUGAUGAGCUUGGACCCUCCACUCCCUGUUUAUUUGUUCCAGCUUGUCGCCGGUUUAAAGGACAAGACAGCUCGGGGAUACCCGAUCAAGAAGCUAUUGCUCGUCCUAUGGAAGACGAUCCUGAGUUGCUGCGGUGGAAUACGUGAACUCGACCGAGCGAAGAAGCUUGCGCGCGAGCUUUCAGGGCUCCCACCUCUCCCAGAAGAAGCCUUUCCCAUCAAGUCUACCCCGAUUGACAUCGAGGUGUUCCGUCACGAAACCGCGAUUAAGUACCCUACCUUCUCGCCUCCCGAUGCACCCCUUCCCGUGGCUUCGCCCAGCCCCAUACCGCCAUCCAAACUAGCUCAGGCAUACAACCCAAUUCCUGUGCGGCAUCAUUACAAUCAUGAUGAUACCGAACACCACUCUCUACUUAGCCACGGUCACAGCGGCUAUCACCAGCAGCAACAGCAACCUGGUCAACAGCAAGCCUUCCGCGGCGUCCCACAACCCGCUACGCCAGCGCCGAGUCCACCUCCCUCACCGAAGCCGAAGAAGCAGCAAUACCAGACGGAUCAGACACGGCCCUUCCUUUUUCCAUUCUCUCGCAGCCAGAGAUUCGGAUUGGGACGGGGAUAUUCCAGCGGGAGCUACGUACCGUUUGCCAUCGAUGAGGCGGAGAAACUGUACAACAAACACAUGUACAUCAGCCUUGCGCUCUGGCAGAUGUGGCGGACGAGGGAGGAGUGUAUGUCUGCCGAGAGUGGAUUGGAGCACAUGCCAGGAUUUACGCCGCAGAAUAUGCCGGGUUCCACCUUCACAACGACGAUAACGACCGAUUCCGUCAACACGCUGGACGAUGAUGACGAGAACGUAGAGCGUUUGCCCGACAUCGCUUUGCUUGAUGCCAAGAUAGCUGAAGCAGAAAGCUCGAUUCAUUCUGCUGAUACCAAUGCAGACAAACGGCGGGCAAAGGAGAGGAAAGAAGACUUGAUGCGAUUGCGACGGAUUGAACAGAUCUACAGCUCUCUCCUCCCCAACCUAGGCAACUGGGUUCUUGUGGUGCUCAAGCUGCUUCUCGCCACGGUCUCGGCGGCCACUAGUAACCAGCCGCCCCCGUCCGCCUCAGGCGGUGGUUUCCCGCCAGGUGUUUCACCGCCACCGGAGCAACCUCCCUCCCCUCCGCCGACCCUCGAGGAAAUUGAUGUCAUUCGGCACCGGGAGAUCACCUCAAAGGCGGUUUCGGCCAUCCUGUUGCUGACGUUAAAGUGGUUCAAAGUGUCUCAUGUCAUGAAGUUUCAUCAUCUUGGGCAGCUACUGCUGGACACUAACUGCUUACUCCUGAUCCUCAAGAUGUUUGGCUUGCAAGAGGUCUCUGUGUCCGUCGUCUCGAAGGCCGACUCGCCAGAGAAUAAUUUCUUUCGGUAUUGCCAGCAGAAUUUUGCGAGGUCGGCAGGCGCAGCCAUCUUCAUACCUGAUGAAUCGCAGACUACUGCAAGGAAAACUAUCGUCAAACGGACUCUGCUUCCCAAUGGCCAAACACACGAAGAAGAAGUCGAGCUGAUUACUGAAUUUUCAUGGAGAAACUUCUUUGCCACUAUCAACUUCGCGAAAGUCAUGCAGAAGCUCUCUAAACAUCGUUCGCACAGGGUUUGGAUGCUCGUUCAGUACAAGAGCUCGGCGGUCUUGAAAAGAGUACUGCGAGUGUCACACCCGACGCUGCAGCUCCACAUCUUGAAACUGAUCAAGAGUCAAGUGCCUUUCUGUGGUCGUAAAUGGCGGCAAUCAAACAUGAAGGUUAUCACCUCUAUUUACCUGAACUGCCGCCCCGACCUUCGUGACGAAUGGCUCACUGGAACAGAAGUGGAUGAUGUCUCCGAUGCCCAGGCACAAGAGCAAGCGUUGCGUCACCUCGUGAAAUUCUACAAUAACAGGCGGUAUGGGCCCCAGGCUAACGCUCAGCAGCAUCAAGCCCACAAGCGUGCCGCCAGCAUGUCCCAUUUGGAGGGUCUUCACCCCGGCCCUGAGCUGUCUGGCAUCAUAAGACCAGUUGGUACCCCGAACUUCGUGGAAGCAGAUGUCUUCCCGCCAUUAAGGGCGCAAGCUCCGGAUCCAUCGAUCUUCUUACCGUACACGACGGAAGAUAUCGCAUUCGAGGAAGAAUAUGAAGAGUACCUAUCGGACCUUGGCUAUACUGACGUCCAAUCCGGAGAAGGUCAGCUAUUCGGUGGAACGUCGGAAUCGGCAUGGUCACGCUUACCACAAGCCGCGUCCGAGAUCGCGGAUGGGAUCAGCGACAGCGAGAGCGUGGUCUCGAUUGGAGAACUCGGAGACGAAGCGCGGCUGGAGGGCGGGCGGGAUGAUCGUGAUAUACCGGACGAGAACAAAAACAAUUGGGAGGUAUAUGUAUUCUCCCACGAUGCAGAGCACAUUUCUGACCCAUCUGCAGCACAUGAUCCGCGUCGAUCAAGCUCAGGCAGCGCCAGCCUCCGCCCUGUCAUCCCCUUCCGCCUCGACGAAUCUGAUGGCAGCGCGGUUGAUCUCGAGGAUAGUCAAGACGCGGAGCCAGAACUGGGCCCGAUGCCGAGAGAGCAACCCACGCCCUUCGCGGAGGGCGCGGGCGUAGACGAAGUGGAGUAUGCUUAUGGGUGA